CAGGGGUGUGCCACAGGGGGAACCUGUCUCAGAACCUGAGGAGCAGAAGAAAGGGAAAGGGCUUCCAAGUGCUGCCACGGCUUGGGGGCACCUGGCAUGGAAGGCAAAAGGUGAGCAGCAGCCCUGGGAGAUGAUAUGUGUGUCCAUAUAGUCCAGAGAGGUAGAUGUCCUGAGGACAACACCGAGCUGAGGAAAGGCUGGAGUACGUGCUUGUGUAUGAGUGCAUGACCCGCUCCUGAGGGCCGGCAGGAGCAGCCAUGGAGGAAACGUACCUGCUGAACGUGGAAGGGGUCAAAAAGAAGAUCCUGCACGGAGGCCAAGGGGAGCUGCCGAAAUUCCAGGAUGGGAGCAAGAUCACCUUCCACUUCCAGACGCUGAAGGACAACUUCGAGAGGACGGUGAUCGAUGACAGCCGGGAGGCCGGCAUCCCCAUGGAGAUCAUCGUGGGCAAGAUGUUCAAGAUGGAGAUCUGGGAGACGCUGCUCAGCUCCAUGAGGGCCGGGGAGGUGGCGGAGUUCUGGUGCGACGCCAUCCACACCGGCAUGUACGCCCUGGUGUCCAAGGGCAUGCGGAGGAUCGCAGAGGGCCGGGACCCCCUGGAAGGGCAGAAGCACCGCUGCGGCAUGGGCAACAUGUUCGACUACCACAGCACGGGCUACGACGACCUGGACGAGCUGCAGCGGACGCCACAGCCCCUCAUCUUCAUCAUGGAGCUGUUCCGGGUGGAGGAGCCCUCGGCAUACAAGCGCGACACCUGGGCCAUGAGCAAGGAGGAGAAGCUGGCUGCCGUGCCCGUGCUGCACAGCGAGGGCAACCGCCUCGUGCUCCGCAAGGAGUUUCGGCAGGCCGCGGAGAAAUACCAGGAGGCCGUCAUCUGCCUCAGGAACCUGCAGGCUAAGGAGAAGCCGUGGGAGGAGGGCUGGCUGAAGCUGGAGAGCCUGGUCACGCCGCUGGUGCUCAACUACUGCCAGUGCCAGCUGGAGCUGGGCGAGUACUACGAGGUGCUGGAGCACACGACAGAGCUCCUCCAGAAACAACGCCAAGGCGUAUUUCAAGCGGGCCAAGGCCCACGCUGCCGUGUGGAACGAGCGGGAGGCGCGGGAGGACUUCCUGCGCGUGGCCCACCUCGACCCCGCCAUGGCAGCCGCCGUGAAGAAGGAGCUGAAGCAGCUGGGGGAGAGGAUGAGGAAGAAGCACGUGGAGGAUCGCAAGCGCUACCAGGGGCUCUUCCAGCAGCCCCAGGGGCCCAGGGCUGGCAAAGGGGCUGCGGAGGGCAGCGGGGGGCAGGAGGGGGAAGGGGAGAGGCAGCAGGGGGAGGUUGGGGUCCUGGAGACAGGGGAAGGGGAGCAGGGCACAGGAGUGGGGCCAUCAGGGGCUGAUAAAGGAGAGCAAGGGAACCAUGGGGAUGGGCAUGAAGAAGAAGCACCAGAAGGAGACAUGGCCCCGGGGGAGCCUGUAGAGGUGAG